CCAGCGCGAGCGGGAAGCAAGGCCCAUGCUGGGAAAGCAGGAUCAGGGAAGGCUCCUGAGACACCAGCCCAGAGCAGAGCGGUGGAUGCAGCCCUCGAGGGUUUCCAACCUUUCCUCCAACCUUUUCCAUCAUUCCUCCAACUUUUCCUCCUAUCCCUUCAGUUUGCUUUUUCCACUCCUCCACCAGCCAACUCCCAUCGCUUCCCAUCCCCAGCACAGCCUCACCCUCUCAUCCCCCAAGGUGGGACCACCUCUGCCCCACUGAGGGGGAAGUACAAAGGAAAGUGGUUGAUGGAACAGGGGAAUGGUUUGGUUUCCUCUCCCAGGGCUGUCAGGAAGAUGAACCUGGCCUUCGCUGUGCUGGUUGCAUGGGCUCUGCCCCCAGCUCAUGGCAGCCUCUGGGAUCUGCACAAGAUGAUCACGAAGGCGACAGGGAAAAACGCUUUGCUGCAUUACUCCUUCUACGGCUGCUACUGCGGCUUUGGGGGCAAGGGGCAGCCCAAGGAUGCCACAGACAGCCUCGAGGUCCCGCAUAGAUGCUGCCAGCUGCACGAUACCUGCUACAAGAGCCUCCUGAGCCACCAGUGCAAUGCCAAAGCUCAGAGCUACCUCUACGACUGGGCCGGCAGCAGCCCCUCCUGCAGAAAGGGCUCGUGGUGCUCCCGGCUCUCCUGCGAGUGCGACCGCAGCCUGGCCCUUUGCCUCAAGAGGAGCACCGGGAGCUACAGGAGGAGCCACCGAUUCUACCCCAGGCACCGGUGCUGGUGAUGGGAGCUGGGACGUGGGGCCGGCUUCUGCACCCACACAUCCCCACAUCCCUGCUGGUGAUGGGGGCUGGGAUGUGGGGCCGGCU